CGGUAAAGCUGGUCUUGUGGGCCCUGCCUGGCCAUCCCAUCCCCUCAUUUUCCUCUCGGAGUAGAGAAUUUCCCAAAGGAGGAGCGAAAAAUGCUCAGCCCUGUGUGGAGGGGCGAUAAGCUGAUGUCGGAAGAAGGGUUCCUGCCUGGCCGUGUCGUGUUUGGGAAAAGGUUGUUUCGUUUGUUGUUGCCACUGGAGGCGUUGAUCUGGCACUUCUGACUGUGGCAGAGGAGGCAAACUGGAGCAGGCUUGGCUACACGUUUUGGGCAUUCUCUUUUUGCUAGCUAGCGGGUGCAGAGUCGGUUGGAUUGUUCUGUGUUGAGUAAAGGUACUCCACUCCCCGAUUUGACAUGACAAAGCCUAAUUACAUCAACUUCAAACUCAAGGAUCCGUUUGAGACGCACACAAAUGUCAACGUUGCUGGUACUUUUAACAACUGGGACCCGAAUGCAGCUGCGUUGGCCUUUGACACGGAGUCAAAGGACUGGUGUCUCGAUUUGGACGUCGACCUACCGGUGGACCACAAAGUGAUGUACAAGUAUGUGGUCGACGAGAACAAAUGGAUCUGCGAUGUUUCGGCACCUCUUGAGAAGGAUGCCGACGGGAACGAGAACAAUGUCACGUUUGUUAUUUUGAAAAAUAAGACUCACACGGGUAGCAAGCCGGGAAGCGUCAGGAAGGAGCAGAAGGAGGAGCAAGAGCAAAAGCAAAAGCAAGAGCAAAAGCAAGAGGAUAGCAAAGCUGAUAGUGUUGCUGGCAAAUUGGAGCAACAAGAGGAAGAGGAAGAGGUGUUUGACCACAAGUCUUUUCAUGAAAACGAGCUUUUUGACGCCUCUGAACAAGGCCAAGACGAGACUGCUCCUACAAGUGGUGAAGAAAACAACCAUGAGGCUGACGCACCACUUGAGGCUACUACCCACGAUAUUCAAUUGGCAACAACUGGUCCGAAAAAAGGCGACAACGACAUCCCAAAACCUAAUGGGGGGUUCAGUUUUGCCUCAUUGUGGGAAUCAAUUGCGUGGUUCUUCAAAUACUAUAUCUUAUCGUGGUUCUAUCCUGAGCAUUAAUGUUACAGUGCUUCAAUACCGGAAGGCUAUAUAGUAGGUAAAUAAAUAGUGUCUCAGUUGGUGGGUAAAUUGAA